GUGAUGUGUUGGGAUCAGAUAGCCAUGACGUGGCUAUGGUUCUUUAUACUUUUAGGUUAUGUUAUGAACAUGACUUACUGACUGUUAAAUCUUGUAUUUUGACUAAAUUCUCUUGUCCGCUGAAAGAAUUAUGUAAAUUCUCAUUGGAAGCAAAUCUUAUUAAUCAAAAGAUGGAUAAAGCUGAAACAAUGAUGCUGAAAAUGGGUUGGUCUCAAGGACGAGGUCUUGGUAAAAACGAGGAUGGUGUAAAAAGUGCUAUCAAAUUAAACUCACAAAUGUCGCGUCAAGGGAUUGGUUACAGUGAAGUAGAUACUGACUCAUGGUGGGUCAGAAUCUACGAUGAAGCUGCAAAAAAUGUUACCAGCUAUACACCGUCAGAGGUAGAAGAUCCUAAGAAUGACGAAACAUUGAAACCUCGUAAACGAAAAUCAUCAAAUGAAAGGAAUAAUUCGAAUGGUGUACAGAAAAAUAAGAAGCAGAAGAAAACAAAGAAAAAUAAGGAAUACUCAGAAAAAACCAGCUAAUAUAUUCUGGAAUUAUUUUGUUGUUAAGAAGUAUUAAAAUGUGAAUAACCUGUUAGAACUUUGAUAACAAAGAAAAACCUGCUAACAAGUAAA